CUGAGACCCAAGCCCCUGGCGGAUAAAAAUACCGAGGCUCCCCUCAGUUCCCAUCCUCUUUCUUAGCAGGCUCAAGGCAGGAGUCACACGAAACUCUCAUAUGUUAGAGACGCACUCGGGCCAUCGUACAUAUCAGCCAACCUGCGGUCGCGAUCGCUGGAUGACAUGGCCAAACACAGCAGUCACGCCACAGGAAAAACUCCAGCGAGAUGCGUAGCGCCACAACCGCCAGCAUCCUACUGUCAGGCCUGGCGCGUGCCUUGGUCAUCCCCACCGACCUCGACGACGGCGCCUGGGCCUUUACUCCCGGCGCCGGCGCCGCGCCCACCCGCCCGCUGGCCCGACGCCAGCAGGGCCCGCCGCCGCUGCCGAGCCCGGUGCUGCAGUGCGGCGCCGGCUACGUGAACGGGAGCGAGCUCGCGGCGGCGCGGGAGGGCUUCAGCUCCGUGUGCGACCAGGGGCGGUCGUUCCCGGCGGGCGUGGGGAUCGUGGUGGCGCGGGGCAGCACGCUAGCCUACAUGUGCAACGGGGCGGCCGAGAACAGGUGCUGGCGCUUCGAGUUCGACCAGGCCAACGGCAUCAUGGACGGCGGGUGCGGCAGCGGCAGGGCCGGCAUGGUGCGCAUCCCGGCGUACAGCAAGGCGUACGGCAGGGCGAGCCGCGGGGACGACAUUUGCUGA